AGCGCUUUCAAACGCGUGGAGGACGCGUCGCUCCUGCCGAGCAAACAUACAUAUCUAUAGACAGCCACACAGACAGACGCGCAGCACUUUUAACCCUAGUUAUUUACGGCGUGUUAUUACAGUGUGAGGCGGAAUAAGCAGUUAUACCUGGAGCCUUUCGCGUGCGCAACUGAAGCAGAGCAACUCCAGAAACAUCAAGCAGAACAAGUUGAACAAAAGCUGAGCGCUAUGGCAUCGGUGCCCAGCAGCCAAGUCAAAUGCAAGUUCAAGAGGAGGAGAAGGAGAAGGUCAAAGCGAAAAGAAAAGAUGAACAUGUUGUCUGCUUUGAUCGCCCCCUUUAAAUACAUGAGCCCAGCGGCCAAUGGGACAGAAGAUGAAGACACUUUGAGCACUAGCAGUGCUGAGGUGAAGGAGAACCGCAACACAGGAAACCUCGAGGACUGCACUGUUGUUCCAUCAGACUGCCAAACACUCUUCCUAUCGGAUUCACCCAGGGAUGGGACGUCCGGCCUCAAACGAAAACGUCCAUUGGAGGAGGACAAUAACGGACACUUGUGCAAAUUGCGUAUGUACUGCAAGAAACUGGCAUGGUCCGACGCACCAAAGAACGCUCUGGUCCAGCUGAACGAGCUAAAACCAGGCCUGCAGUUCCGGAUGGUCUCUCAAACAGGGCCGGUACAUGCACCCGUCUUCUCUAUCGCUGUAGAAGUUAACGGCCUCACAUUUGAGGGCACUGGCCCAACAAAGAAGAAGGCUAAGAUGAAGGCGGCUGAGAUGGCCCUCAAGUCAUUCAUUCAGUUUCCCAAUGCACCGCAAGCUCAGCUGGCCAUGGGUAGCCUGAGCAAUCCCACAGCCGACUUCACCUCGGACCAGUCCGACUUCCCAGAUACGCUAUUCAAAGGGUUCGAGCCGGACGGUUGCCGCUCUGCAGAGAGCGAGCUGCUUUCUAGCGCCUUCCGUUUGCGGCACACGCUGGACUUGAUGGUUGUACAAGCCAGACAAGGAGACCCCUGCCUACCCCCACCUCCUCCACCCGCACCACCACCUCAGCCAAGCCCCGUCGUCCUCCUCAAUGACCUGCGUCCCGGUCUGCGAUAUGCUUGCUUGAUGGAAUGCGCGCAGGGCAAACGAGCGCACCGCAGCUUUGUCAUGGCCGUUCGAGUAGAUGGCAGGAUAUUCGAGGGAUCGGGUCGCAGUAAGAAGCAGGCGAAGAGGCAGGCGGCUUUGUGCGCCCUGCAGUCCCUCUUCAACAUCAGGCUGGCACCUGAGGCGAGAGCGGGACUCCGGCCCAGCAGGAUGAAAUGCCCUCAUUUGCCCCAGGAGUUUGCGGAUGCGAUUUUUCACCUGGUUCGGGAGAAAUACACAGAGCUGCCUGGAUGCUCCUCGCUGCUGCAUGCACGUCACAAAGGCCUGGCGGGCAUCGUCAUGACCAGAGGUCUGGAUCUCAGACAGGCCCAAGUGGUGGCACUAUCGACUGGCACUAAAUGUAUUAAUGGAGAGUAUAUCAGUGACCGGGGUUUGGUGGUCAACGACUGCCAUGCAGAGAUCACAACCAGACGAGCCCUGUUGCGGUUUCUAUACUCUCACCUGGAGUUACACCUCAGCAAACGGAAAGAAGACUGGGAACAAUCGAUCUUCGUACGGCACAAAGACUCGUGUUUGAGACUGAGAGAGAACAUCCUCUUCCACAUGUACAUCAGCACUUCGCCCUGCGGUGACGCCCGCGUCAACUCACCAUACGAAAUCACCUCUGACUUGCACACCAACAGACACUUGGUGAAGAAGUUUCACAGCCACCUUCGAACAAAGAUGGAAUCGGGUGAGGGUACGCUGCCUGUGAAAUGCACAGUACCCGUACAGACGUGGGACGGAGUCCUUCAAGGACAGAGACUCAUAACCAUGUCCUGCACCGACAAGAUUUCCAGGUGGAAUGUGCUCGGCCUACAGGGGGCGCUGCUCAGUCACUUCGUGGAUCCGGUGUAUCUGUACAGUCUGACAGUGGGCAGCCUGAGACACACGGGUCAUCUGUCCAGGAUGAUGAACCACAGGUUGGAGAGAGUCGGACCUCUGCCCACGUGCUACCGCCGCACACAGCCUUUACUCAGCGGCCUGAGCAGCACUGACUGCAGACAGCAGGGGAAGUCGGCAUGUUACAGUGUCAACUGGACAUCAGGAGACGCCCAAAUGGAGGUGCUCAACGCAUCUACUGGAAAGAGGAGGGACUCUGGAGCCCCGUCCAGACUUUGCAAACAUGCGCUUUUUGCACGGUGGAUUAGACUCUAUAGGAAGCUGGUGGUCCGAGGAGCACCUCAGAGUGACACGUCGCUGUUAUACUGUGAAGCAAAGCAGGCCGCUGGCACUUACCAGACUGUGAAGCUGCAGUGGUUGAAGGGUCUACAAGAAGCAGGACUAGGGACCUGGGUCAGGAAACCUCCUGAGCAGGAAAACUUCACUAUGACUGUAUGAGUGUGAAAGCCUGACCUGAUAUCAUCCCAUCACCACUAAAACCACCCACACCCUCCACCAACCAGCUACCACCGGAGCCCUUUCUCAUCCAGUCCAGAAUGUUCCACUGCCAGAAAUACUUCACGGGAAGAUGAUGAAGGUGUCGUCAAUAUAGUAAACCUAAAAUGGAUGGAACGUCCUAGAAUCAAUAAAGCUUAUCAACAGCAUUUGUGACAUAUUGUUGAUCACCACAAAAAUUGACUUUGUCCCUCAGGUUUUUUUUCAUGUUAAGUAAUAUAUUGUGGUGAAAAAAGGAAACUGGUAUAAAAGCGGGUACAGAAAGUUAAAAAGCAGAAAUGGGAAGCCCACAAUAUUUUUAUGAAAUUACACCUGAAUACAAAAAUAGGAAAUAGGACUACUUUUCUAGGUGAACAAACUUAUAGUUAUGCCAAAAACUGUUAACUAUUACAUAAAGUUUCAAAACUUGACUGUAGUUACACUGUAAAAUGUUAAAUAAAUGUUACAAAAAUGUUACUGUAGUUAUGCAGCUGUUUGCCAGUAACUUACUGUAGAUUUAAAUGUAUGUUAUUUACUGGCAACAGUUCGUUCAAAGUUAAACAUAAAACAUGAACAAGUCUUUAUCUUUACAAUAGAAAACUAUAAAAUAGUAGUCAUGCAAAGCAUUCUGGGAACCAGAAAUCCUCAUCAACUUUUUUCUUCAGAUUUUGGUUCUCAGUAUGCUUUGAAUGAGGGUGUUAUUUUAGUUUUAUUGUUUAAAGAUAAAGUCAAUGUUUAAUUUUCAUUUACCUUUGAACAAACUGUUGCACUGCAAAAAAAAUGAUUUUCAAGAAAAAAAAUUCUUAGUAUUUUUGUCUUGUUUUCAGUAAAAAUAUCAGUCUUAAAUUAAGAUGCUU